CUUUUGUUCUUGGAAAUUUAAACCGCGUGCAAAAGUUGUUUGGGGCUUCCGACCACAGCAAGGCCUAGCUCUCGCCGCCGUUGCUUUCUCUCUAACUCGUAAUGGCUCAGGCAAAAACCUCUGGUUCUGAAGCAGGUUCCGACACGUCUAAAGGGAACGGAGUGCCGACCUACGGCGGUAGAUACGCGCGGUACAGUCUGUACGGUAACUUGUUUGAGUUGCCUAGUAAGUACGUUCCUCCACUUCGGCCGCUUGGUCGUGGCGCCUAUGGCCUUGUCUGUGCUGCUAUCAACAGUGAGACUAAAGAGGAGGUUGCCAUCAAGAAAAUUGGCAGCGCCUUUGAUAAUAGGAUAGAUGCCAAAAGGACAUUGAGAGAGAUUAAACUCUUACGCCACUUGGAUCACGAGAAUAUUAUUGCUAUCAAGGAUAUUAUAAGGCCACCAAUCAGGGAUACUUUCAAAGACGUCUACAUAGUCUAUGAAUUGAUGGAUACAGAUCUGCAUCAGAUAAUCCGCUCCGAUCAAGCACUGACUGACGAUCAUUGUCAGUACUUCCUGUAUCAACUGCUGAGAGGAUUGAGAUAUGUGCACUCAGCACAUGUCUUGCAUCGUGACCUUAAGCCCAGCAAUUUGUUUCUGAAUUCAAAUUGCGACCUUAAAAUUGGAGAUUUUGGGUUGGCAAGGACCACAUCUGAAAUGGAUUUCAUGACUGAAUAUGUAGUCACUCGUUGGUAUCGAGCUCCUGAAUUGCUCCUUAACUGUUCGGAAUACACUGCUGCAAUCGAUGUAUGGUCUGUUGGGUGUAUUUUUGCUGAAAUAAUGACCAGAGAACCUCUAUUCCCUGGCAAAGACUAUGUUCAUCAGCUGAGGCUCAUCACUGAGCUAUUAGGCACACCUGAUGAGGCAAGCCUUAAAUUUUUACGAAGUGAAAAUGCCAGCAGAUAUGUAAAACAGCUCCCAUCUUUUCCCAAACAAAAUUUCUCUGCUAGAUUUCCCAGCAUGUCUCCAUUGGCAUUGGAUUUGUUAGGCAAGAUGCUUGUCUUUGAUCCUGACCAACGAAUAACUGUUGAAAAUGCUCUCUGCCAUCCAUAUUUGUCCUCUCUCCAUGAUAUCAAUGACGAGCCAAUUUGCUCCAGACCUUUUAAAUUUGAUUUUGAGCAGCCUUCAAUUACUGAGGAAAACAUCAAGGAUCUUAUAUGGACAGAGUCGCUUGCCUUCAAUCCAGAUACCAUUAAUUAAUCAUGUGUAUUAAUGGCAUCUCACAUGAUUUAUUGUUCACCAAAAUCUUAUGAUUUCUGUAUAAAAAUGUAUCCUGCUAUCAUGCGAGAUAUUGCUCAUACUUAUCAAUUUCUGUGAGUGAGAUUAUGUUUGUAAUUCAUACCUGGAUUAGGCCAAUAGAAACAACACAAUGCUAUGUUUUCCAUGACUCUUGAUCUAUACUCUCAUACAAUGCAGUUUUUAUUCGAUGGAGCUAGCUGUAUCACACUGGAUGUCAAAUAUUUUUGUCCGAUUUAUUUUAAAGUUUACUUAUCUUUAAUUUUGAGUUGACAAUGCUAACAGUGUGGAAACUUAAAGACCUGCUGCUGAAGGAGAUAAGAUGAAGGUAUGCUAUCGGUGGGAAAGUUACAGGCUGCAAUGUACUCCGGGCCCUUGUCUGGAAGUGCACCACAUGGCUGAGGAACCACACCACUUGAGAACCCUUCAAUAUUGGUGCAAUUCCAUGGAUGGACAUUCCAGGAUGGGGAAUUAACCAGGACUAGGUUCGAUAUCUGGACGUUCUCAGAGUACAUGAUUUCAAUCAGGUUGAUUAUCAAUCCCAAGAUCCGGCGAAUCCUCAAACCUGAGAAGCAAGGAGAACAGCAUCUUUAUGGAGAUAGAGAGUGAAAUGACUGGUGAGAUUGAAGCUUCCGGUCAGCCACUUUCCCGGAGGAACAAACAACAUGGAUCCACCAUCUUCCUCAAACUGGGCAAGAUAAUCAAUGGCUGCCUUGAAGGCUUUGGUAUUGGAUGUCACUCCAUCUCCAACCCCUCCAAAAUCGGUCAAGGAAGCACUGUGAGCCCUGCAACUUAUCGCGCAAUACUCGAAGCUCUCCCACGGGUAAUGAUGUCGACCGUCGACAGAUUCUAUUCUCAGCAGCAGGAUUGUGGCAGCAAGAACACAUAUGGCUUGAAUUGCCUGCAGAUUCACAUAUGACUAGGUAAUUUAUUUAAGGCAGGAAAUUAAAAAAAAAAAAGAAAAGUUCAUUACCUGUGGUUUUCUUGGCAGCUCCAUGCAACAACACUUUUAGUUAUAGUUGGUUGUAAGAGUCUUGUUUGAGAUUAAGACAUUAAUAUAGGAUGUGGAGGAGUUGGGUACAGUGUUAGGCUUAAAGAAUAAAGACAUGUGGAUGUAAAAAUUAAAAAAAAAAAAAAAAAAAAAAAAAUGAAAAUGGAAA